AUGCAUCACUCCUCCGCCGCCGUCUCCGGCGAACUUACUAAACCACCUCCCUCAACCGCACCUCUCCAACCUCUUCUUGACCUCAUCACAAACGUCCUCUCUCUCCUCCUCCUCUCUUCCCUCACCGUCCGUUCCUUCAUCGGAAAGUGGCAGAUCCUCCGCUCAAAGCUCUUCUCCCUCCACUCAUCACUCUCCUCCUUAUCCGAAUCUCCUCACUGGUCCGAAAACCCUCUCCUCCACACUCUCCUCCCUUCUCUCCUCUCCAAUCUCCAACGCCUUCACUCUCUCUCCCACCAAUGCUCCUCCGCUUCUUUCUCCGGCGGAAAACUCCUUAUGCAAAGCGACCUCGACAUCGCUUCCUCCUCUCUCUCCACUCACAUCAGUGACCUCGACCUUCUUCUCAGAUCUGGUGUUCUUCAUCAAAACGCCAUCGUUUUGUCCCUCCCUGCUUCUACCUCCGAUAAAGACGACAUUGCUUUCUUCAUCAGAGAUCUCUUCACUCGACUCCAAAUCGGCGGCGCCGAUUUUAAGAAGAAAUCGCUCGAGUCUCUCCUUCAGCUUCUCACUGAUAGCGAGAAAUCCGCAAGAAUCGUAGCUAAAGAAGGUAAUGUCGGCUACUUAGUCACUCUCCUCGAUCUCCACCACCAUCCUCUGAUUCGCGAGCAUGCUCUCGCCGCCGUCUCGUUGCUCACUUCCUCAAGCGUCGAUUCGAGAAAAACUGUGUACGAAGAAGGAGGAUUAGGUCCUCUUUUACGAUUACUCGAAACAGGAUCUCCGCCUCUAAAGACUAGAGCCGCCGUAGCAAUUGAAGCCAUAACCGCCGAUCCGGAAACCGCCUGGGCUAUCUCAGCUUACGGCGGCGUCACCGUUCUAAUCGAAGCUUGCAGAUCGGGAUCUAUAGAAGUACAAGAGCAUACCGCCGGUGCUAUAAGCAACAUCGCCGCCGUGGACGAUAUCAGGACGAUGCUCGCGGAGGAAGGAGCCGUGCCGGUUCUUCUCCCGUUCCUAAUCUCCGGUUCAACUUCGUUGCAGGAAAAGUCGGCGAACUUCAUCUCCUUACUUUCAUCUUCCGGUGAGUAUUUCCGAGAUUUGAUUGUUAGAGAGAGGGGAUUGCAGAUUCUGAUUCAUUUAAUUCAGAAUUCGUCGAAUCCGGAUACGAUUGAGCACGCUUUGCUUGCUCUAACUCAAUUAUCCGCCAUUGAUUCCAUCGCUAGAGUUUUAUCGUCAUCGACGGGAUUCAUAAUUCAAUUAGGGGAAUUCGUGAAGCACGGAAACGUAAUCCUUCAACAGAUUUCAUCUUCUCUACUAUCGAAAUUAACAAUCAGCGACGGUAACAAACGAGCGAUCUCCGAUUGUUUACCCUCGUUGCUCAAACUCAUGGAAUCGACGAAACCGGCGGGGUUACAAGAGGCGGCGACGGAAGCGGCGAAGUCGUUACUCACCGUCAGAUCAAACCGGAAAGAGCUGAUAAGAGACGAGAAGAGCGUGAUUCGGUUAGUGCAAAUGCUGGAUCCGAGGAACGAGACGAUGGUUGCGAAAGAGCUUCCGGUGAUAAUCGUGGCGGCGAUUCUCUCAGGGGGAAACAAUGCGGCGAGGACGAAAUUGAUGAGCUUAGGAGCUGAUCGUCAUCUUCAAUCUCUGGAGGAGAUGGAAGUUUCCGGCGCUAAGAAAACGCUUCAGAGACUCGCCGCCGGUAACCGGCUCAAGAGUAUCUUCACCAGAGCAUGGAAAGAUCACUAA